AUGGAGACAGAGGAGCAGCGGGCCGGCACCGUGAUCGCCAACGUCGCCAAGGACGCCCGGGACGCCGGUUUCGUGCUGGACCCCCGGCAACCCGCUGCCUUCCGGGUGGUCUCCAACUCGGCCCCCCACCUGGUGGACAUCAGCCCCGGGUCGGGGCUGCUGGUGACCAAGCAGAAGAUCGACCGGGACCUGCUGUGCCGGCAGAGCCCCAAGUGCGUCAUCUCGCUGGAGGUGAUGUCCAGCUCCAUGGAGAUCUGCGUGAUCAAGCUGGAGAUCAAGGACCUCAACGACAACGCGCCCAGCUUCCCCACGGACCAGAUCGAGCUGGAAAUCUCGGAGACAGCCAGCCCUGGCACCCGGGUGCCACUGGAGAGUGCCUAUGACCCGGACUCGGGCAGCUUUGGUGUGCAGAGCUAUGAGAUCACCCCUAAUGACCUCUUUGGGCUGGAGACCAAGACACGAGGCGACGGGUCCCGCUUUGCUGAGCUGGUGGUGGAGAAGAGCCUGGAUCGUGAAACCCAGUCCCACUACAGCUACGUGAUCACGGCCCUGGAUGGCGGUGACCCGCCCAACUUCGGCACCGUGGAGCUCAGCAUCCGCGUCAUCGACUCCAAUGACAACAACCCGCUCUUCGCGGAGCCGGCCUACACCAUCAGCGUGCCCGAGAACGCCCCGCCGGGCACGCCGGUCAUCCGCCUCAACGCCUCCGACCCGGAUGAGGGCACCAACGGCCAGGUCCUCUACUCUUUCCAUAGCUAUGUCUCCGAGCGGGCCCGGGAGCUCUUCCAAAUCGACCCCCAGAGCGGCCUUAUCACAGUGAGCGGUGCCAUCGACUACGAGGAGGGUCACGUCUAUGAGCUGGAUGUGCAGGCCAAGGACUUGGGGCCUAACUCCAUCCCUGCUCAUUGCAAAGUGACCAUCAGCGUCCAGGAUGCCAACGACAAUCCGCCCCUCAUCAACCUGCUGUCAGUCAACAGCGAGCUGGUGGAGGUGAGCGAGAACGCCCCGCCGGGGUACGUCAUCGCCCUGGUGCGGGUCUCGGACCGCGACUCCGGCGCCAACGGGCGGGUGCAGUGUAAGCUCCUGGGCAACGUGCCUUUCCGGCUCCAGGAGUACGAGAGCUUCUCCACCAUCCUGGUGGAUGGGCGGCUGGACCGGGAGCAGAGGGACCAGUACAACCUCACUAUUCAGGCCAAGGACAACGGCGUCCCCUCCCUGCAGGCCACCAAGUCCUUCACGGUCAAGAUCACUGAUGAGAAUGACAACCAUCCUCACUUCUCCAAGCCCUACUACCAGGUCAUUGUGCAGGAGAACAACACCCCGGGGGCCUACCUUCUCUCCGUGUCGGCCAGGGACCCUGACCUGGGCCUCAAUGGCAGCGUCUCCUACCAGAUUGUGCCCUCCCAAGUGAGAGACAUGCCUGUCUUCACCUAUGUCUCCAUCAACCCCAACUCUGGAGAUAUCUAUGCUUUGAGGUCCUUCAAUCAUGAACAGACGAAGGCCUUUGAGUUCAAGGUCCUGGCAAAAGAUGGGGGUAAUCCCUCUCUGCAGAGCAAUGCCACUGUCAGGGUGAUUGUCCUGGAUGUCAAUGACAACACUCCUGUGAUCACGGCCCCGCCGCUGGUCAACGGGACCGCAGAGGUGUACAUCCCCCGGAACGCCGGGGUCGGCUACCUGGUCACAGUGGUCAAGGCAGAUGACUAUGAUGAGGGUGAAAAUGGCAGACUGUCCUACGAAAUGGUGGAAGGAGACAGAGGAUUUUUUGAGAUAGACCAGGUCAAUGGAGAGAUAAGGACCACCAGAGCCUUUGGGGAGAAUGCAAAGACAGCCUACGAGCUGAUCGUGGUGGCUCACGACCACGGAAAAACCUCUCUCUCAGCUUCUGCCUUGAUUUUGAUAUACCUGUCUCCAGCCCUGGAUGCCCAGGAGUCCAUAGGAUCUGUUAAUCUCUCCUUGAUUUUCAUUAUUGCCCUGGGGUCUAUCGCGGCCAUUCUUUUUGUCACCAUGAUCUUCGUGGCAGUCAAGUGCAAAAGGGAUAACAAGGAGAUCAGGACCUACAACUGCAGGAUCGCAGAAUACUCCUACGGGCAUCAAAAGAAAUCAAGCAAGAAGAAGAAGAUCAGCAAGAACGACAUCCGCCUGGUACCGCGGGAUGUCGAAGAGACGGAUAAAAUGAACGUUGUGAGCUGCUCCUCCCUCACCUCAUCCCUCAACUACUUCGACUACCACCAGCAGACCCUGCCGCUGGGCUGCCGCCGCUCCGAGAGCACCUUCCUCAACGUGGAGAGCCAGAACAACAGGAACGCCGGCUCCAACCACAUUUACCAUCACACCUUCACGGGGCAGAGCCCCCAGCAGCCCGACCUCAUCAUCAACGGGAUGCCGCUGCCAGAGACUGAAAACUACUCCUUCGAUUCCAACUACGUGAACAGCAGAGCUCAUUUAAUAAAAAGCUCCACGUUCAAGGACUUGGAGGGGAACAGUCUGAAGGACAGUGGCCACGAGGAGAGCGACCAGACGGACAGCGAGCACGACGUGCAGCGGGGCCUCUACUGUGACACAGCCGUCAACGACGUGCUGAAUACCAGCGUCCCCUCCAUGGGGUCCCAGGGCCCUGAGCAAGAUCAGAGCGAAGGAUUCCAUUGCAGGGAGGAGUGCCGCAUCCUGGGCCACUCGGACAGGUGCUGGAUGCCCCGCGGCGCCGUGCCCAGCCGCGCCAAGUCCCCCGAGCACGGCAGGAACGUCAUCGCCCUCUCCAUCGAGGCGACGGCGGUGGACGCGGAGCCUUACGCAGACUGCAGCACAAAAAGGACCUUCGCCACCUUCGGCAAGGAGGGCGCUGAGCCCCUGGCUGACGAGCGGCUCGCCAACCCCAAAGGCAAAAGAACGGUGGACCCGGCCGCCGGCAGCCCCAAGGUGAGCGGUGCCGUCCGCGAGGCGGGCAACGCAGCGGAGGCCGCAGCACCGCCCCGGGGGGCGGACAGCGAGAGCGGCGGGCAGGAGGGCAACCCGCUCCUGCAGGAACGUCGGGAAAAGGACUCGCCUGGUGCCCGGAGACUAAAAGACAUCGUCCUCUGA